AAUACAAAAUGUAUUUGUGCAAAGUCCUCAGCUAAUUUACUUGGUGUGUUUGGAUUUUGUUCAGCAAGGUUUGAUGUUGAACUGUUAUAACUAAUUGUUUUUCAUAUAAAGAAUUUACAUCAGUUCAAAGUGUUCUGGAUCAAAAUAAAGCUAAGUUGCAUUUCAGCAGCAAAAAAUAACAAAAACAACAACAUCACUUUUCAUCAUUUUAAAUGUAAUAAAGUUUUAUACAAUUUCUCAUUGUUGGUUUUAUUUAAUUUCUCCAAAGUCUCUCCUGGCUCUGAUGUGUGUUUGCGCUGUGAUGUCUCCCUUCUGUCUGAAUCCUCAACACUGCAGUGGACAAAAGAAGGAAAACCAACAUCCAACACGACUCUGAUAUACAACAACUCUGCCUACAUCAUCUUACACACAGUAGAUGAACACAAUACAGGCGAAUAUUACUGCCGACUGAAUAAAGAUGGAAAAAUACAAACUAUUACAAAUCACAUGCUUACUGUCAAAACACAUUCAUAUAAUGGAAACAUUAAGACAAAUAAAUCUAUUUAUAGAGAAAGCUCCAGCAAACGUGAUGUAUCACUGAUCUGCAAGACUAACAGCAAUAACUAUGACAGCUGGAGGUGGACAUGGGAGAAGAGGCCUAAUUCACAGAUUGAUCUAAUGACUGUUGAAAAAGGAGGAAAAGUUGAAGUUAAAGGACCAAUUAAACCAGGAAGAUUUUCUUCGACCGCAUACAACAGUCAAGCGUUUACCUUUCACAUCUCACCUGUUCUCUACAACUAUAGUGGCACGUACAGGUGCAUUACAGAAACUACUGACUACACAACCACAAUACUACACACCAUCAGAGUGUCAGUAGAGCCCCCUGGUGGUGUGUUGAGGAAUCAGUCUGUGCUUCUCACUUGUGAGCUUUCUGAAGUGACUGAAUCAGUGACGCUGGUUUGGCUCAGGAUGGAGAGAAACCGGGGAGUGCUGGAAAAGCAGAACAGGAUAACUGAGAAAAACAACAAGUUACAACUCAGAGUGAAUCUGUCCAGCUUUAAAACAGAGCCACUGCACUGGCAGUGUGCAGUUUUUACAGAGAAUCAGCUCAGAGCCCUGGCACCUAUAAUAAUCAACUUUACCUCAGAAACUACCAUUGCUCCAACAAUAUCAACAAAAAUCAUAACUGUAUCAAACCAAAGAUCAACAGAUAAUGUAACUGCAACAAACCAAGACACAGAGGACAGUGGUUUGAAGAUGGUGAUCCUCAUAUUGUGUGCUGUUACUGUCAGUGUGCUGAUUCUGCUGUCUCUUCUAGUCUUUAAAUGUCUAAAAAACACAGUUGAUGUAGAUCCAGGCAGAGGAUACAAAUCACAAGACGACGAUAACAACAUCCAUUAUGCUUCAGUGACAGUAGCAGCAUCUAAUCAGGGAGCUGACAGAUGUCAUGCAAGUUCAGAGGUGUUGGACAAUAAUGCGGGGGUCAUCUACUCAGCUAUUAAAGUACAGUGAGCUUUUUUUUAAGCAAAACUUUACAUCUUUUUUAUCCAUAUUGUUUUUUUUCAUUAUUGAAUGGAGUUUAUUAUUGAAUGUAAGGAUCAAAAUAUUUUUAAUAAAAAAUAGCAUGCUCUUUUUUCCAUUGUAACAUAAUAAAAGACUAAUGAACCAUGUGA